AUGUCAAAUAAAAUCACUGAAAAAAGAUAUCAACGUGACAAAUAUUUACUUACUCAUAAAGUAAAUCAAAUACGUAAACAGAAGCAAGUAACGCUUGGUGUAUCUAACGAUGAUGUAAUGCUUAAUCAAAGUUUAGAUAAGGAAACAUCUCAAGAUGUUAUAACAAUAAACAAAAAUCAACUUCAUAUAACAUUUUUUGAAACUCUUUUCUAA